GCGCGUCGCCGUGCGUUUCAAAGCCGUGCGGGGCUCCGGCAUGCGCGUGAAGUCGCGGCGUUGCCCAGGAACGGCGCUAACGCCGGUCAUCCCGCGUGUUUCCCAGGGACCGCGCUUCCGUCCCCCCGCCGGCUCCCGCAGGGACUGGAUCGGGCCCCCCGACAAACGCUCCAACCUGCGCCCCGUCAUCUUCCACGUGCCGCCCCGCGAGUCCCCGCUGGAACGGCGGCUGCGGGAGCUGCGGGAGGAAACCCAGGCGUGGAACCAGCACUUCUGGGCCCGGCAGAAUACCGCCUUCCAGCGGGAAAAAGAAGAAUUUAUCUACUCAAGACUGAAAGCCAAGGGUCUGGAAACGAGAGAUGAAGCAGGCCAGAAAGUGACAUUGAAUGCAGAGGAAAUGGCUGACUUUUACAAGGACUUCCUACGUAAAAAUUUUAGAAAGCAUUUGCAUUAUAACAGCUGCUUGUAGGUGAAGUUCAUGCCUUUAUGGGAUUGACAUCAUUAAGGUUCUGUGUGGGGUGCCAGACCCGUUCAUCUAAAGCCUGUUGAUGGAGUGAAGCAUUUAUCUGUUAGGUAAGUGGUGAGUUUUGAUUUAGAAUAUGUAAUAAAACCACUGUGAAAAGAUGUUAUUAAAAAUAAUCCAUCUGAAACUUUGAAUCUCUUUACCAAAACCACACACAUUUACUAAGAUAAUUACAUUUUCUGAAAUGCUAAAGGCCAUAUCAUUUUUUUUGCCAGUGUUGCAUUCAUUUUAAUAUUUUUGCUUGACUCUGAGCAGUUGUAGCAAUGCCAGCUGCUUUCAGAUAGUAUUGAUCAUAAAUCCUUUAUACAUCAAAGCAAGAAAGAAGAGCUCCCUUAGACUACUGAAAAUAAAUCUUUUCUGUGUCUAAAGGUCUGCUACAGUAAGUGAAACCAGUCAAAUAGAUCAAAGAGUGACUUUUCAGUGCACAUUUCCUGCGUAUAGGAAAAAUGGAGAGGAGUGUUCUUAUCAUUUAGGUAUUUAGCUAAUCCUGUCAGAAGUAGCAGCAAUAUUUCUUAUUUAGUAGUGUCAGCGUGUGCCUUUUUUAAUCCAUCUCCUCAGUAAGUACAUAAUAAAGCAAAAAUGUUUUGCUAAUAUUCAAGUAAUUCUAGAUAGUUUGUAUUGGGGAUGGCUGCGUGCUGAUAAUCUUUGGGUUUUUGCUAAUCACUGAAUUUCUCUACUGAAGCAUUAAUUUCUGUGGAAUAUGAGAGGAGUAGGAAGAAUUGUCAAAUGGGAAUUGACGGGCAGAACAGCUGAAGGUUGGUUUGAAGUGAUUCCAGCACCCUUAUGUAUGACUGACAAGGAUCUGAACAGCUUAGAAUUUUUGAAAUUAAAUACAGUUCUUAAUUUUAUUGGGAGUUUUAAAAAUAGUGGGAGGAAUUACUGAGAAUCUUUAACUGAAAAUUGCUAGUGGAAAAAAACUUUGUUCAGAAGUCCAGUUUGUAAUAAGGAGGCUGACCUGCUCUGGCUCUGUUUCAAGGUGGACUGUUCUGUAUGCAGUGUUCAGUUUCCACUAUUGCUAAGCAAUCCUGCUAUCUUCCAGAGCAAUCUGGUUUAGCCAAACAGGGACUUACUUUACAUCAUGCACAGAGUCCAAGGGGCACUUGUUUGCAUGAAGGCUGGCAGGUUGAAAAGUUUUCAGGAAAAAAUACUUUAUGUCUGGACCUGUAAUACACAUGAAUUAAAUUUUAUAUUAGAAUGAUACCCUCUGAUGGCUGUAAUCUGAUUCACAGAACAAUAAACUCAAAAAUAUUCAGGUUCAGUUCUUUAAAGGAAAAAAUAAUAAAUAUGAACUACUUUUUCUUGUAAGUUUAUUUCUUAAUUAUUUUCUUAUUUCUUAAUAUGAUUUUUAAGAAGAUGGAAUGUGAUCCUCUUGAAAUACUCAUUAAUAUUCAUUAUUGUAGGAAUUACUUCUUUGUGCUCUGACUUUGCAUUCAUUAAUGGAUUAAGAUUAAGUAUUCAGAGAUUUAGUUGAUUGAUCUAUUCAAGUGGCAGAUGCUGUGGAAAUGCAGCAGUACUUUUUGUUAGAAGUACUGAAGAAAAAAUGACAUUAUUUGUUUUUGUAUGAUCUUAUUUAAGAGAAAUAUUUUAUAGUACUGCUGCUGUCAAAAUCAGUUUUAGAAACCAUGCAAAUGCUCUGAAGACAAAGUCUUUGUUUCUUACAGCUGCUCGUGUUGUCUUAGUGGUACAAGCUGAUACACAUUGGAUCUCUUUUCUUACACUCUGAAGGGGAAGGAAGGCACAGUGAUUUUUCCCUGCUGAUGUACUCUGGUCCUCAUCCUUAGGGUUGGCUCGGAUGUGUUCUCAGGAGGGUCUGAAAUGGCAGGAGACAGCAAGAAUGACCGUGAGCAUUGCUUGGCUGUUGGGACUGCUGGCAAGCAAUUAGCAUUUAGCAUAAAGUUGAGCAGUCCUGGAACUACUUUGAAUCAGCCAUGAGUGGUAAGAGUUUCCAACAGCCCCCAUGCCUGUCAAGAAUUGCUGGCGUUCAGCAGUGGUCUGUUCACACAACCGCCUCCAGAGGAUCUACGGAUAUGAUUCAGCUGCAGAACUGGCUGUGAUAACUUUCAUCAGCUGAGCCAGAACACAUCAACAGGCAAGAUGCAAGCUUCAGAACCAUGAGAAAUUCAGGUCACUGUUCAUACCACGUUGUUAAAGAACUUUGUUGACAAAUUUUAGCUCCAUCUUUGCUUUAAAAACAAACAAACAAAAAACAUCUCACCCCUGAAGAUAUCCAUAUGAUGACUGAUGUAUGGCAUACAUUGGCUGUUUUUAAAGAAAUCCAGAAAAAUUACAGAUUUUAGUGUCUAGAACAAUUUGGAAGAUUGAAAAUCUAGAUUCCUUCUCCAAUGAAUACGAAAGAAAAUGUCUUCUGGAUGUCUUUUAUCUACCAAAAUAUUACAUAUUUAAUAUAUGUCUGGAAAUCCUCCAGUUUCCUUAGGCCUCAUGAAAUUUUUACCAUGAAAAACAGGACGAAAUACUAAGCUGACUAUGAUAUGAGUAAAUAGCCACAGGUGUUAAUUUAUGUUAAAGGAGAAUUCGGCUCACUUCAAAGAAAAAAAUCAGCUCUGCCGUAGGAUAUUAUAGAGCAAUUUUAAUUGAAAGACAGUAAAAAUUAAUGCUUUGCUGCUUCUUCUCCAGUGCUGUUGGGAAAAGAGGGGUGUAUAUGGUGUGACACCUGGAGACUUGCCAAGCAUGCCUAAUAGUUACUACAGCAUUGCAGCUAUACAUCUGAUUGAAUUAAGUUCUGUAGUCAUAGAACUGAGUAAACCAGGCUGAUGCUGACAGAGUCUGACUGAAAGGUAGCUGUUGAAGAGGGCAUUUUUCCAUCUUGGGAAGAUUUUUCUCUGUCUUUUGAAUCACGAGGUUCUCACUUUCUUUAAAAGCAGCAAAGAAUCUUAUCUAGGGCCUUGAGUCUAUAGGCAUUAUCCAACCACCACUCAGAACCCGACAUUCAGUUUCAUCUGUAAUUAAUAAUGUAAUUUCAACCUUUAGUUCUUGCAUGCAUUUACAUGUAAAUUAGAAAGGCAAUCUCAAUUAUUUACAGUAUGAGCUUUGUUGUAAGGCACUGCCCAUUAGUUUUCAUGAGCAAAAAAUCAAAGAGAGAGAAGGGAAAUCAAAUUAACAGCAUUCCAGCCUCCUUGGCUGCAAAGUGAGUGGGAUGGGAAAAGGCAAAUGUGUGAACUGUCUGUUAAAGAUACUUAAGAGUGCUUUCUGCAUCCAGGCAUUAUAAACCUGGCAGUAAUGUUGUUAUGGUUUUAGAGUUAAUUGUAAGGAUGUGGGGCACAUUAAAUUGCUGUUCACAAUAGAACAGUUUACUGGGUGGAUUUCUGGUCAGUGUUACAUGCUGAUGAAAGAAGAUAGUUCUGUAUGAGUCACAAGAGUUUUCAAAUAUAUGGUCAUGGUAUAUUGUUGGCCCUUUAGCUGGUAGUAACAAGCAUGACUCUGUAUAGGCAAUAGAUUUCACUUUCGUGGCUAAUUUGUUUAUACCAGCUGUUCCCAGAUUUCUCAUAGUGUUUAUUAAGGCAUGUUUCAGUUCCUGUUUACAGUAUGUUAUUUUCAAUAGCUAGGGCUUGAUAAGCUGUGUAAAACUGCACUUACUACUGAAGCAAUUUCAAUGUAUUUUAAGCUUUCAUUAAAACAUAGGCUUUUAAUUUUGUUAGAAUAUUACAGAUUCAAAAUCUAGAACACUGCAGGUGGCAUGUUCCAGCAAUUCCCUGGAAUUUCCCCACAGGACUUGUCGCCUGAUGUGGCUGAGGGAACCAUAUAUGUAACCAAAGUGCUUCUAACAGCCCAGCUGUUUCAGAUGAUGAUGUGUUUUAGAGGACCCUUGUGACAUAGAUUUUUUUUUUUUUUUUCCUCUUGAAAAAAAUUACUAAAAGCUCUACUUUCUGUGAACUGAAUUAUAAACAGCUGGCCACGAAAGACAAAGGUCAAGGAAUCCUGCUUUUAAUUCCUAUCUCCAAAUAUUUCUUCUCUAAAGCAAAAGUCUAGCCUCAGAAUAUCUCUGAUGACUGGCAUGCUGAUGACAUAACUGCCUUUUCUUUAGCCAGUUUCUGCAUGAGUUUCUACUCAUCUCAGUUGCAUCUAGCCAUGUAGACACAUGAAAAACUUUCAGAACAUGAUCUGAUGCAGCAGUAUUUGCCAGAUUUGAUGUUUGUCAGUGAAUAGCAUCCCUUUGCUAGCACUUUUCUAUUGGUCUCUUAAACACCAAUACACAGAUGUAUGAGGAAUCCCUCUCUUCACAAAAAGAAAUAAACAGCUACAAGGCUGGUUUCUAAUGUCCUAAUGUAAUAAGCAUCGAAGUAUGGAUGGGCUGGGUCAGAGAUGGACCCUAUAGAGAUCCUGGGGUGAACUGUGGAAGCCAAGUCCUUGAGAUUGUCUGAAUCAUGUAGGGAGCUGAGAAAAAGGCACAAAAAGGGAUUUAAAGCCAUUCUUCCCAUACCCCUUCUCCCCAGGGGUGCCAAAUUCUCCUCCAGACUUUUUGAGGAUUGUCCAGAUCUGAGUUUUUCAAGAAUAUUUGCUCUCAGGUAGUUGUGAUAGACAAGUCUGUAGAGAAAGAAACAGAUGAUCCAUUAUGUAGGAGUGACUUAGCCCAGUGUUUUAAGUCUGAGACUUGACAGCAGUGGUGGUUUUCUAUAUCAUAGUGAACGUACAAAAGUGAAGAGUGUGUCUAUUGAACUUAAUACGUUUCAAUGGAUUUCUCUACGAUGCGGAAAGAAAAGGUUACAUUAAAGCAGAUUUCAAAAAAAA